GCCGCUCCUGCGCAGGGCGCCCAGAGCACCCAGUGCCGGCGGAGCGAGGCCGGGCGGCAGAGGCCCCGGCCGCCCCGCCGCUCCUGCCUCUCCGCUGCGGCGGGGCAGGCGCUCUUCCCUUUGUCUCCAGCACCGGCCGCCGGGCCGUUCACACGGAUGCGAGACCCGUACCCAAAGAGGUGGUGAUGCUAGUACCUGCAAGGCACUGAUGCAGUCUGCAGGGUGAACUCCAGGCAGGGUGCAGGAAGCACAUGACUACAAUCAGCAUAUUUGUGUUGAAGUUUCCCUUGGGCUAAAAAAUCCUGAGGCAGCUGGCUGCAAAUUUUGAAUGUUGUAUUGAUAUUGCCCUUUGCCGUCAGAUGGAGACUUUGGAGGAAAAGAAUGAUCUCCUAGGUUUGCAGACAGACAACAACAUGGAGCAACCAUUCACUGUCAGCUCAUUGAAAAAGCUGGUAGCUAUUCCUGAUCACACAGAUGUCUCUGUGACCCCGGAGGAGAGAGUACGUGCCUUAAGCAAGCUUGGCAGCAAUAUCACAAUCAAUGAAGAUAUUACUCCACGUCGUUACUUUAGAUCUGGAGUAGAGAUGGAGCGAAUGGCAUCAGUUUACAUGGAGGAAGGAAAUCUGGAGAAUGCUUUUGUUUUCUAUAAUAAGUUCAUAACGUUGUUUGUAGAAAAACUGCCCAAUCACCGAGACUAUCACCAAUGUGCAGUACCAGAAAAACAAGAUAUUAUUAAGAAAUUAAAGGAGGUUGCAUUCCCACGGACAGAUGAAUUGAAGAGAGAUCUUUUAAAAAAGUAUAACUUAGAAUAUCAAGAAUACAUGCAAAACAAAAACAAAUGUAAAACCGAAUUUCUGAAGAAACUAGAGCAUCAGAAGCUGAUAGAGGCAGAGAAGAAACGAAUCGCACAUAUGCGGCAACAGCAGCUUGAAUCAGAACAGUUUCAAUUUUUUGAGGAUCAACUUAAGAAGCAAGAAUUAGCUAGAGAUCAGAAAAUCAAAGAGAGUGUGGUCAUGUCUGAACAGAUAGAUGGAAGUAUGCUAUCUUGUAUUUCUGUGCCAGAAAACAGUUCCUUAUCUACUGCCCUGCUGGAGAAAAAGGAGAGGAGAGGCACGUCUGGCUGUGCUGGACAUUCACCUCCAAUUAACCGGGUCCUGAAGCCAGCAGCUACUCUAAGUGCUGUUCAGACUCAAUUGGCCGAAGCACUCAGAGGCGUCAUUUUGCCCAGGGAUCUCUGUCACAGAUUUCUGCUGCUAGCAGAGGCAAAUACAGUAAGAGGAAUAGAGACAUGUGGAAUUCUCUGUGGAAAACUGACACAUAAUGAAUUUACUAUUACCCAUGUAAUAGUGCCAAAGCAAUCUGCAGGACCAGACUACUGUGACAUGGAGAAUGUGGAAGAAUUAUUUGGUAUUCAGGAUCAGUAUGAUCUCCUCACUUUGGGCUGGAUCCAUACACAUCCAACACAAACGGCAUUCUUAUCCAGUGUUGAUCUUCAUACUCAUUGUUCUUAUCAGCUAAUGUUGCCAGAGGCCAUUGCAAUUGUUUGUUCACCCAAGCAUAAUGACACUGGCAUCUUCAGGCUUACUAAUGCUGGCAUGCUAGAAGUUUCUGCUUGUAAAAAGAAGGGAUUCCAUCCACAUACAAAGGAGCCUAGGUUAUUUAAUCCGUGUAACCAUGUGGUCGGGAAAGACACAAAGAUAAUUGUGCUGGAUCUGAGGUGAUGCAGAUGGAUGAUAGAGAUGUUACUAUACAAAUGGCCAAGAAAAAAAAUGAUUCCUCUUUUGCCUACAUUUUCACAAAUGACUUUUAUAUUUAUACAUUUCAGAUUGAAUGGUUUGAUAUUUAUUGCUCUAGACUGUUUUGAAGUUAUUUUGUUGCUCUGUCAAAAUGGAGUUCAGUGGCAUUAUCCCCUAAUCUGUAGACAAAUCUCAUCUAUAAAACACAACAAUAAAAUGAACUUCAAACAACAGUAA